AGAAGGCAUGUGGUGGGGAAGGGGAGGAGGCAGAGGUCGGCACAGCGGGGCAAGGACCCCCCACUCCGUGCCAGCUCCCACCUGCGGCAAGGCCCCAGCACCCGAGGGUUGCCUCUGCUUGCCACCCUCCCCGCCCCCCCCCCCCCCCACCUGGGCCAUCCCCGGCUAGACACAGUGGGGGUGGGGAGGCGGGGCGUGUCUCCCCGAGAGCAGGGUGUGGCCAGUGGUCCAGCCGGUCACUCGCGGAUGGCCAGCCCGUCCUGACCCGGGAGACUUAACCCCACUCCCCACCAUGCCUGCGGGCCGGGUGGGCUGAGGGUGCGCAACACCCCGAGACCGCAGCCCCUGGCGGAGCUCAGAGCAGGCUUGGGGAGGUUCUGCGGCUCCCGGCUGUCAACGCCCGCCGCCCUCCCUGCCUCACUUCCUCCCGCAGCCCCCGCCGCCCCGGAGGCACGGGAUCCCGGCGGGUCCGCAGCCCCGGCCGCCGCGCCCUGGCCUCGGCCCGCGGGGCCCCAGCCAGACCUCUUACCGCAACUCAGGACUGGGAAGAAGGAGGGAAGGAGGAGCCUCUGACAACUCGGUCUCCACUGAGGUUUGAGCCAGACAGAGCAGCCUUCUCCCCUUAGGAUGGCCUCGCCCUCCAGCUCUCCCACUUUCAGGCUCCAGACAUCAGACGGAGGCCAAGAAGAUGGCUCUGAGGCGGACAAAGGAAAGCUGGGCCUUGGGGACGGGCCGCCCCCCAUGGAGUCACCAUUCCAGGGCGAAGACCGGAACUGCCCCCCUCAGAUCAAAGUGAACCUCAACUACCGCAAAGGAACAGGUGUCAGCCAGCCAGACGCAAACCGCUUUGACCGUGACCGGCUCUUCAGCGUGGUGGCCCGGGGUGUCCCCGAGGAUCUGGCUGGGUUAGCAGAGUACCUGUCCCGGACCAGCAAGUACCUCACCGACUCAGAGUACACAGAGGGCUCCACGGGUAAGACGUGCCUGAUGAAGGCCGUGUUGAACCUUCGGGAUGGGGCCAACGCCUGCAUCCUGCCGUUGCUGCAGAUCGACCAGGACUCUGGCAAUCCCCAGCCCCUGGUCAAUGCCCAGUGCACGGAUGAGUACUACCGAGGCCACAGUGCCCUGCAUAUUGCCAUCGAGAAGAGGAGCCUGCAGUGUGUGAAGCUCUUGGUGGAGAAUGGGGCCAAUGUGCAUGCCCGGGCCUGUGGCCACUUCUUCCAGAAGAAGAGCCAAGGGACUUGCUUCUACUUCGGCGAGCUGCCCCUCUCUCUGGCCGCGUGCACCAAGCAGUGGGAUGUGGUGACCUACCUCCUGGAGAACCGGCAUCAGCCUGCCAGCCUGCAGGCGGCCGACUCACUGGGCAACACUGCCCUGCACGCCUUGGUGAUGAUCGCAGAUAACUCGGCCGAGAACAGUGCGCUGGUGAUCCGCAUGUACGAUGGGCUUCUCCGAGCCGGCGCCCGCCUCUGCCCCACAGUGCAGCUCGAAGACAUCCCCAACCUGCAGGGCCUCACGCCCCUGAAGCUGGCCGCCAAGGAGGGCAAAAUCGAGAUUUUCAGACACAUCCUGCAGCGGGAGUUCUCAGGGCCGUGCCAGCCACUUUCCCGGAAGUUUACCGAGUGGUGCUAUGGGCCUGUCCGGGUGUCGCUGUAUGACCUGGCCUCUGUGGACAGCUGGGAGGAGAACUCAGUGCUGGAGAUCAUCGCCUUUCAUUGCAGAAGCCCGCACCGACACCGGAUGGUGGUUUUGGAGCCGCUGAACAAACUGCUACAGGCGAAAUGGGAUCUGCUAAUCCCCAGAUUCUUCUUCAACUUCCUGUGUUACUUGAUGUACAUGUUCCUCUUCACUGCUGUUGCCUACCACCAGCCCGCCCUGGAGAAGGCCUUCCUCUCCCUGAAAGUGACGACUGGAGGCUCCAUGCUGCUGCUGGGCCACAUCCUGAUCCUGCUUGGGGGGGUCUACCUCCUCGUGGGCCAGCCUGAUUCAGGCCCUGCUCACGGUGGUGUCCCAGGUGCUGCGUUUCCUGGCCGUCGAGUGGUACCUGCCCCUGCUGGUGUCCUCGCUGGUGCUGGGCUGGCUGAACCUGCUUUACUAUACACGUGGCUUGCAACACACGGGCAUCUACAGUGUCAUGAUCCAGAAGGUCAUCCUGCGGGACCUGCUCCGCUUCCUGCUGGUCUACUUAGUCUUCCUUUUCGGCUUCGCUGUAGCCCUGGUGAGCUUGAGCCGGGAAGCCCUGGACUCCGGGGUCCCUACGGGCCCCAAUGUCACGGAGGCAGCACAGCCUGGGGUGGGACGGGAGGACGAGGGGGGCAGCGCGUCCCCCUACGGUGGCAUCCUGGACGCCUCCUUGGAGCUCUUCAAGUUCACCAUCGGCAUGGGGGAGCUGGCCUUCCAAGACCAGCUGCGUUUCCGCGGCGUCGUGCUGUUGCUGCUGCUGGCAUAUGUGCUGCUCACCUACAUCCUGCUGCUCAACAUGCUCAUCGCCCUCAUGAGCGAGACCGUCAACAGUGUCGCCACUGACAGCUGGAGCAUCUGGAAGCUGCAGAAAGCCAUCUCUGUCCUGGAGAUGGAGAAUGGCUACUGGUGGUGCAGAAGGAAGAAGCGGCGGGCAGGCGUGAAGCUGGCCGUUGGCACCAGGCCAGAUGGCAGCCCUGAU